AUAGAAGAGAAUAAUGGCUUUUGAACGCUAGAGGGCAGUUAGCUCCUCACAACGCCCGGAUCUCAAGAAAACAGAAGAACCGACAGAUCCUACGGAUCAUCAUCGAAGGGAACGAAAAGAGUGUCAGAAAAAAGCGACGCUCGGACUCCAGACCCCUAAGAUCUUGACCCAAUCCCAUCAUCGAAAGCAUCCCUCCACCACCUCAAAAUCAGCAACUCAACUUUGCCCCAGCUCCUGCCUCGUUCAUAAGCCUGGAAUACAUUGGUAAAUUCAGGAUUGGUGCUUGGGCGGCAGAGUGCGGGUACAAUCGUUCAGACGGAUCACGGGCCAACUCUUUUGACCAGUGAAAAGAGCCCGGCUCAAGAUGUGUACCAUCAUCGUGACCAUUCGGACUGUACUUUGGUACGUGAUGUCCCUGACGGCCACACUCCUCAUCCUGGUGUCGCUCUUUACGGAUCGAUGGCUUAUUGGAACUUUCAGCACAACCAGCUUGACGAAUGCGGAUACAUUCGUGAAUAGUGUGUCCGGGAUUGCCAAUGAUAUUCGCGGCGGGGAUUUUGCCGCCAUUACCCAACCGCACGUGGGUCUGUUUCUUUACUGCAAGGUACCUGAGGGCAAGAAAUUCUUCGAGGGCGAAUGCAUUCCCAACAUGGAGAGCAUUCAGACCCUGUUUACGGACUUGGAUGACCGCAAAUACCCGCACACUUGGCGCGGUGCCGUGCUGGUGUUUAUCAUCGGCCUAGCCCUUAUGCUCUUGACGGAUGUGUUCGCCUUACUCACUGUUUGUUGCCGACAAUGCUUGUGUUGCUCCGUGUUCACUUGUUGCGGGUCCAUUCAAUCCUUCGCCAGUAUGAUGUUCAUCCUAGGCUUGGUAGCCUAUCCCGCCGGCUGGGGCUCGGAAAUCGUCAGCGACACCUAUUGCGCCGGACAAUCACAACCGUUCAUGUUGGGACCGAAUUGUUCGAUUGGGGUGGCCUAUUGGUUGGCCGUGGCUGGCACUCUGUGCACCGUGUUUUCAUCCUCCUUGGCCAUUUGGGCCUAUAAAUCUACUAAGAGUGUGAGGUCUGAAAUGCGCCAAGAAGACGGUGAAAGGUGCAUCUGCAUUCCCUGAGUUGAUGAUCGAGCAACUCGCCUCCUCCUCUUCCCCUAAUCCUCCUCCUCCGAUGCCAUAUACCAUAUCUUGUGUAUGAAGCUACUCUCUUGAAAUUCUCAUUGAGCCACUGGAUUGACAUCCGAUCGCUCAAACACUUUGCUGACCAAACGGUAUCUCUUUUUCUUGGCUUUCUCCAGCAACUGAAUCAGUGAGUGUGGGGAAUCCCAACAAUAUGAAUCUCUACUUUCGGCAUUAGAAAGCGCAUUCAGGGUGCUAUUACGAUUUAUUAAAGUACUGCAAACUUCACCAGAAUAAUUCUAUUUCUUGCCUCCCCCUAAUGAAUGAAGGAGACCUCUAGUCGAUGUCAGGAUAUUUAGAUUGUCGAAGAAUGGAAACAUUGAAUCACUAUCCUCCUGAUCUGCUAUUUUUCUACUCUUAAGCCUGAAACGCACAAGAGCAAAUUUACAAAUGAAAGAGCAAGGAACGCACGCAUACAAUCGGCCCUCCAACUUUAAAUCCUAAUUCUUUUCUACUCAACCUACUUUAUGUACGGAAACUGAAAUGCCCCCCCCCCCUCUUUUCACAACAUAAUAAUCUGUAGAUACAUAUGAAAUGAUCCCAAUAUUCAUGGCAAAAUAAACACACUACUUCCGCAACCCA